GUUUUUGGCUGCUUGUGGACCAAUUAAACAAUUCAUAAUAAUAAUAAUUUCUUGAUUAGCUGAGUCACCGUAAACCUCUCAAGGACUUUGGUCCAUGCAAUCGGUAGACAUUUCUAGAAACCUAGGGACGUAGCAAACCUCUCAUCAAGUAACCGUAUUUCAUGCAAACAGUUAGUGCAUUUCAGAAUAAAUUAAAAACUGAGAUGUUAACGAAUAUGAUGAUGAUAAUUUAGUGUUAGCGUCUUUAAUGACUGAUGUUUCAAACUGCAAAAUACUUUAGGAUAAUGACAUGGUGACAGGACGUGUAAUUACAUUUUUGUAUUAAAUUCGGUCUGUGACACAAUUUUCAAAAGAAGCAACCUCCGUGUUUUUGUCUAAUAAUUCAAAAGCAUCGAUUCAUGAUAUUACGCAGAUAGAUGUAAACACGGCUGACCCAUUAGUGCCAGAGCCUAGCCUUACUUAAGUGGAGACUGCCAUUGAGAAAUUUAAAAAUUAUAAAUCCCCGGGUACUGGUCAGAUUCCGUCCGAAUUGAUCAAGGCCGGAGGCGAAACUCUGCGUCCCAAAAAACACGAAUUUAUCUGCUCUAUACAGGAUAAGGAGAAAAUGCCACAGCAGUGGAAGGAAUUUAUUACUGUGUCAGUUCAUAACAAGGUAUUGGUUGGAAGCAACCAAUACCUUGUUAUGAACUGACACUGGGAGGAGACCGCUGGGAAUACCUAGGAGUAAAUGGGAGGAUAAGAUUAAGAUGGACAUUAGGGAGACAGGAAUCGAUGGAGAGAACUGGAUGCACCUGGCUCGGGACAGAGUCCGGUGGCAGGGGUUUGUGAACACGGCGAUGGACCUUCUGGUUCCGUAAAGAAAGUACUCUAUUGUUUGACAAGCCGAAUAUACAAUCGACUUUCCAAAGAAUAUCAUGCACCAUAUAUAUAUAUACACACAAAGUUAUUCAUAAUUCCGUGACUAUACAAAAAAUCGCUAGACUUCAAUGGUGCAAUGGAUGGUAAUAUAGGACAUGACUAUAGAAAGAGAAACUCUACAAGUUUAUUUUACAUACUCGUACACCAGUGUGCAUGAAGCAUGAAGUCCAAUUGCAUAAUAUUAAAACAAACAGUUCUUACCUCAAAUAAAACACAAUACAUGCAUGGCAAUGAUCAGUUGGACAAUGCAAUUUAAAGAAAUACUAGCUGUUUAUUUUGAGGAUCGUAAGUAACACACAAAUACAUUAGAUGGGCAAAAUACUAAAGUUGGUGGAGCAUACAGUUAACAAUUACUUUUAAACAUUUAAAUGUGUUCUCUACGCCUUGUAACUAUGCGAAUUUUUCCACUGCUUCCUAAACCGUUUUCAAUGAUGCUGCCUCAGUCCGAAGAUGGCUGUCUCCUGGGUUGUGGUGCCGUGUACUAGUCUGGUACAAGUUUACCAACGCUUCAGAGGUCACUUCUGCCUGUAUCAUCAGCAUACACAACGCUACAAUCCAGAAGACAGCCAUCUUCGGACCAAUCGCCGUGGAAACCUCAAACCCUACAAUGCUGAAGAUGAAAGCAGCAGGCGAUGUUUUUGAUUAAGAUCUGUUGUACACGCGAAGCAGAGAGUGCGACAGGUACUAGCCUCUGUAUCGGACGCGGAUGGGGCAUGUGCCAGAAAUAAAUCUCAUGAAACCAGAACACAUCGAGACAAUUCUGGGCAGUAGUAAGCACAUAGAUAAGGCAUUCAUGUACAAUUUCCUGCAUCCCUGGCUUGGAACAGGCCUGCUCACUUCCACAGGUCAUAAAUGGCACACCCACAGGAAGAUGAUCACGCCGACCUUCUAUUUCAAGAUCCUGGGCAACUUCGUGGAGGUGUUCUCGGAGAAGAGCGAGAUUUUGGUCAGCAAGCUACAGAAGGAAGUCGGAUCUCAGGGCUUCAACGUGUAUCCAUACAUCACUAAGUGCGCAUCGGACAUCAUAUGUGAGACAGCUAUUUGGACAGCAGUUCAUACCCAGGAUGAAACAGAUGCAGAAUAUCUGUCUGCUGAGUAUGAUAUGAGCGAAUUGACACUAUUUCACAUGAUUCAUCCAUGGCUGUAUCCAGACUGGUUAUUUAAGCUAACAAAAGCAGGGAGAAGAUAUGAUGAGUGCCUCAAAAUUCUGCAUGGCUUCACAAAAAUGGUACAGUAUGCUGCCAUCUUUGAGUGGCAGGAAGAACUGUAUUCUACUAAGCAGCAUGUCAUUCAUGAACGUAAGGAACUCCAUAACCAAACACAGAAAGAAUCCGAGACAUCACCUGCGACAGAGGAGGCCACUCUAGAAUGGAUUACAGGCACAAAGCGAAGGCUGGCAUUCUUGGAUUUUUUGCUGGAUGCAUCACACAAUGGUGUCAAGUUGACAGAUGAAGUGCUGAGGGAGGAAGUGGACACUUCCAUGUUUGAUAUAGGGGAAAGUUUAAAUCCAAAUAUGAAAUUGUGUAUUGUAUAUUUGUUUGAAAUUCCAUAUGGAUUGAGGCUGCAUUUCUUUCAAAUUGGAGGAGUUGCUACUGAUCUUAACAUUAAUAAACUUAAAAUGGCUCAAAUUCAAUUCAUCUCCCAAUGUUGCAAAAUCCAUAACUAUACCCUCAAUCCAUAUGGAAUUUCAAACAAAUACACAAUACCUGCUGGAGUAAUGACAACAAUGCACAUCUACUAUCUGCAUCAGAACCCUGAUCAGUUCCCCAACCCCCAGAAUUUUGAGCCUAACGUCUUCCUGCUGGGGAGGGUAGCAAAAAGGCACCCCUACGCCUACAUCCCCUUCAGUGCUGGUCCCAGGAAAUGCAUAGAACAGAAGUUCGCCCUGCUGGAGGAGAAGACGGUGCUAUCCUAUUUCCUAUGUCACUACGAACUGCGUUCCCUUGUCAAGAGAGAGGACAUAAAUUUGACAGCAGAUCUGAUUCUAAAACCAGAAAAUGGUCUCCAAGUCGUCAUCACACGAAGGGACUCACUUGAAGAAUAAUGUAGGGCCUUAGUAUGUUAACACUUGUGACCAUCUAGGUACAGUGACCAUGGAUUCUUUCUGUAAAGAUAUUAUGUAAGUAACAGACUAGAUUGCAUAUAACCUACCUCAGUAACUAACUAUGAUCAGUUGAUCAGGGUUCUGAUGCAGAUAGUAGAUGUGCAUUGUUGUCAUUACUCCAACAGGUAUUGUAUAUUUGUUUGAAAUUCCAUAUGGAUUGAGGGUAUAGUUAUGGAUUUUGCAACAUUGGGAGAUGAAUUGAAUUUGAGCCAUUUUAAGUUUAUUAAUGUUAAGAUCAGUAGCAACUCCUCCAAUUUGAAAGAAAUGCAGCUAGUUUAGUAGGGUGAGAU